AUGACCAAACCACGACGACGUCCUCGGUCCUCAGAGGAGCUCAGACGAAACGGCCCCCAGCGCCAAGCUAAAUUCGGCACAUCGGAGAACCCCAACGUCCCGUUGCCCGUAGGGCCCCACGGCGCGCACCAUGAUCCUAGCCAAACUAGUUGUACUCCCAUUGACUGUAACCCUGCAGUGGGCAAUCAGAGGUUUGGUCAAACUUCCCCAACACAGCGAACAGCGCUAAACCUCCUGGUCCCCAGGGCCUGUGUGGUGGAGGGUGUGUACCGGGGUUAG